UUCUUCCUCCUCUCAUCUCCCUCGAAACUUUCCCCAAUCCUCUCCAAUCCAAUCCCCUGUCUGUCCCCCUCUCCCAACCCUAGCCCGCGCCGCCGGCCAGUCUGCUCGGGUGGCGCGUACAUGACCCACCCUUCCUCGUCGUCGUCCUCCGCUCCCCCGCCCCCGCCGCUGCCGCCGCCCGGGGCGGCGGCGGGGGCGGCCGAGGCCACCUCCCUCGCGCCGGGCUUCCGCUUCCACCCCACCGACGAGGAGCUCGUCUCCUACUACCUCAAGCGCAAGGUCCUCGGCCGCCCGCUCAAGGUCGACGCCAUCGCAGAGGUCGACCUCUACAAGGUCGAGCCCUGGGACCUGCCCGCCCGCUCCCGCCUCCGCUCCCGCGACUCCCAGUGGUACUUCUUCAGCCGCCUCGACCGCAAGCACGCCAACCGCGCCCGCACCAACCGCGCCACGUCGAGUGGGUACUGGAAGACCACGGGGAAGGACAGGGAGGUGCGCCAUGGGCCCAGGGUCGUCGGGAUGAAGAAGACGCUCGUCUUCCAUGCCGGACGCGCUCCCAAGGGCGAGCGCACCAACUGGGUCAUGCACGAGUACCGCCUCGAGGGCGACGACGCUGCGGGGAUACCGCAGGACUCAUUUGUGGUGUGCCGGAUCUUCCAGAAAGCUGGCCCAGGUCCUCAGAAUGGGGCACAGUAUGGAGCGCCCUUUGUUGAGGAGGAAUGGGAGGAGGAAGACGCAGAUGUCGGUUUGCUUCCAGUGGAGGGUGAUGCUGCUGUUGACCCUGAGGUUCCCCGCGCUCCUGUGGAGAUACCUGGUGCCCUGGAGAGAGGCUAUCUUCAGAUGAGUGAUCUCAUUCAGGGUUUGGGUGAUCAAAAUGGAAAUGGUACACCUAGUUUGCCAGUUUCUGAUACUUCAAAUAAUAGCAACCAUUCUGAAGAUGUAGAUGGAAAUUCUGGGGACAUUUUAAGUGACCCAAACCUUGGCUCUAAUUUUCUUCAGUAUGAACCUGGGGAGCAAAAUAGCUUAAUGCUUAAUGGAAGUAUCAUAUCAAAUGCAAAUGCUGGAGAUUUUUUUACGAAUUCCAGCCCCAGUGAUGGGUUCCUAGAGCUGAAGGAUUUUGCAGAUGCUGCAAAUGUGGAUUUCCCUCUGGGCAAUGGAUCAACCAUCUGUCCUUCAGAUGGUUGGGCAUGGAAAACACCCGACUCAGCAGAAGCUGUAAAUGGAGCUAACAAUGAGAUUCCUCCAGUCCCUGAUGACCAGACUUUCCAGCCAGAUGAGCUGGAACAACUGCUGCAGUCAAUACAACAAGAUUCCCAUUUCGGCUCAAGUAUCAUUGACCCCCGGCAUUCUUCUAUGACAAAUUCAGUUCUUCCUGAGGAUGAUUCUUUGAUGUUCUAUGAUGCACCCUUCGAUUCCACCAUGUGUGAUGAUGGGUUUGGACAGAAUGGAAUUCUUGGCUCCGCAGCAACCAAUCUAUCUGGCAUUGGCAUGGUGGACGAUGGUAUGCAAUACUUCGAUGCAAUGGAUGAAAAUUUAUUUAAUGAUAUUCUGGGCUCCAUACAGCAGCCAGCUGGUAACAGUUCCCACGCUUUUAAUGGCCCAGUCCUUACCCAAGAGGUCAACAAUACCAUGUAUACAUAUAGUCCAACUCAAAAGGUUUUAGAACCUAAUUUUGUAGUUGGUGCCCCGUCAUCUGCUAGGUUACCUGAAGCUGGUAGUCAGUUAAAUUGUGUUGUUUUACCAGAUGGUCAGGCUAAGAGUAGUGCUAUCGGAAAGGGAUUUGUAAAGAUUUUGGAUUCGAUCUCCGCUCCCCCAGCUUUUGCAGGAGAAUUCCCAGCUAACCACCGCAAAUCCUUGGCUCAUAUUUCUGGAGCGCGCCCCAACACACUCCAUGUUUCUGCUGAAGUGAUCCGCAUAGGAAGUUUAGCUGUUCCUUCUGGCGCAGACAAGUGGGCUCUGCAAAAGGAUCAAGGCAUGGAGCUGCUCUUCUCUGCAGAUUUUGAGCCUGAUACCCGUAUACACUGUGGCUGCAACACCAUUACCGCGGUGCUGCGUGGUGGCUUCUGCCUUUUCUUCGUUUCGGCAAUAAUGCUCUUAGUGAGCUACGAGGUGGGCAUGUGCAUCUAUGGCAAGUAGCAGCCUGGUAUCGGAUUAAGUUAAAUUUCAAGACAUUUAGGUUAAUCCUGUGUUUUGAGGCAGACUCAACUGGGGCCUCAUGCGCUUUUAAGUGUAUUGCAUUGCAUGACAUGGACCUGUGGGGUGAUUAGCACUAGCAGUACCAUUUUGCAGCUCGAGAGCUAAUGGUGUAUGUAUGAAUUAAGCGCUAUUUAGUUAUAGUAUGCGAAUUGCCUCAUUGGUGUCUGAUGAUGCCAUUUUCCAUGCUUCUGGUUGUAGUGGACAAUGUUAGUGCAAAAUCCUGUAUAUAUAUUUCAGAUCCGCCAUGGGAAUCAUGAUGCUUUUGCAGUAUA